AUGGGCACCCCGAUAAAUCGUGAAGAGAUUGACCGCGUGCUGCGAAUGAAACGCAAUCAGCGCGAGGCUCGAGCGUGUUAUCCUUGCCGCCAGCGCAAGGUGAAAUGCGACAGCACUCAGCCGUGUCGAACAUGUCGCCGACGAGGCCAUCCCCAAAUAUGUGUGUAUGACCAAGAUUCGUCUGGGUCUAAAAAGGCUCGUAGCACCGGCCAAAGACGUUCCUCUGCUGCUUCUCGUGGAACAAAUCAGACACCAACCGCCGAGCAGGCAUUCGAUGCCGAACCACAAUCUCUGCCCUCAGCGCGCAGUUUACCAGAAGUCCAGCCAAAAACAAGACAGUACUAUAGUACUCGAAUCCCGUCUUCCGAUGGCCCCGAUAAUGAUCUUAUCUACUCGGGCGACAACUCGGUAUUGUCUUAUUUGCGCAACCGGACGCAAGAUACCAAUGGCUCCAUGACCCGUGAGGUGGGCUCUGUUCUAGGCCUGCAAAAUACCUACGGCAGUUAUCCAUUUAUGGACUUUCGGACACCCCAGGACCGGUGGAAGGAGCUUCUACGUAUUAUUCCGCAGCGAGCGGAACUGUUGAAGUUCUUCCAUUUCUACAGAAUAUCAGCUUACCCUUUCAAUCCGAUCAUACUUGACAUUGAGAGAUUUGAGCAAGAUGUGUGUUCAUACCUCAAUGAUCUUGCAGCAGGAGAGCUGCAGAACACUUCAAAGAUUUGCGAACGUUGGGCCACUGAUCGGUCUGUCGGGCUGAUCAGCCUGCUACUUGCGGCCUUGGCUUCCGGUGCGCAUUAUUCUGACCUGGAUUACAUGCAAAGAACAGAGCUAUGCCAGGAUUUUGGAAACACUCUGCAAAACAAUGGCCAGUCUGAUGCAGCAUGGGUUUUGUUAGGGACAACAGUCCGUCUCGCGCAGACAUUAGGUCUUCACACAGAAAAGAGUGUAGCACGCCUACCGGAUCAUGUCAAAUACAAAGCACGAAAGCUAUGGUACACUGUCGUUUGGCAAGAUUGCCUGCUCUGUUUAUGUUACGACCGGCCUCGCGUAGUCUCUAUGACCGGGUGGGCUCCAGAUUAUUCAAUCCUCUCGAGCAGCGAACUAUCUUUCACAGAAGCUAUGUAUUUUCUAUGCCAAACUGCCUUAAAUAUGAUCACAACAGACGGACCGGAGAUAUCGGAAAAUGCGCGACAGCUUGACAUUUUGGCCACGAUUGAUAGCCUCAACCAACGCACUCAGCCAUAUCUGCGUGACCGCCAGGAAUGCAAAACCCUCCAACACAAUCUGGAGCACCUGGCGUUACGAAUGCACAUGUCUCUAGUUAUUUCCGUCCUGACACGUCCAGCACUGAAGCGCACUGUAAUGCAAGACGCGUCCUAUGACAUCUUGCGCACCCGCGCCAAAUUGAGCCUGAUCGACGCCUCUAGGGCCUUUUUGGAUUUUCAGGCUCUGAGUGUGGUACCCCUCCGAAGCUGGUCAAUGGUGCACACGGUGCUUAGUUCCACUUUACUUCUCUGCAUUUGGGAGGAGACCCGAAACGAUCCCGAGUGUCGUGAUUUACAGCAAAAGGUGAUUGAGGUCUUUUCUGCCGCUGGCACAGUGGGCACAGUGGAGAACACAGCAUCGGAGAAUGGGCAAUGGCUAUCGGAACGGCAUAUACGAGCGCUAAUCACACUGCGCAAUUCGGUCCGAACGGCAGUCGAACGUGAAAAGGGGGAGGCAAGCGUUGGGACAGAACGCGCGGAGCAGCCCCAGCCUUUUUUUCCUGUCUAUGGUAUGCCGAACGGGAUCCCGGAUGACUUCGGUCAAGACUUCUCACCAGCAAGCUAUCUUGACUCCAUUAUGAACGGUAUGCUGAGGCUCCCGACUAUUUAUCGAUCGAACUAA